CAGCUCCACCUCCACCCAAGCACGCCCAACCACACCAGCCCCUCCAUUCGAGAGAGAGAGAGAGCAAAGACAAAGCACAAGCAGCAGACAGGACAGGACAGGACAGGACGAGACAAGGACCGCUGUGAGAUCGUCGUCAUCCCACCUCGAUCACAACACAGAAUAUACAUCGAGCAGCCUCGACUCGAAAAGUCCUUUCAGUACUCGUUCUUGAUCGCAGCAUACGUUCAGUGACUCAAUUUGUCCUCUUGAUUACGAUAAGCGCUGCAUAGAAGGUCUACACACACCAGCAGGAGCAAUGUCUCGACGAGGUGAUGUCUACGAGGAGCGCGAUUAUUAUUCUCGAGAAGAAGUGCGAGCACCUCCAGUUCGAGUUCGAGAGCGAGAUUACGAGGAAACAGAUGUCUUCACCAGACGAUCAGAGCGAGGAUCUCGACCAGACUUCCUCCGUGAGGAUUUCGGCAGAGGGGAAGCUGGACCGUUGGUAAUACGGGAGCGAGAUACCGAGAUAAUAAACCGACCUGAACGACGACCACGAUCUCCAUCGCCAGUGAGGAUUCGCGAGAGAAUUAUCGAACGAUCUCCUCCCCGUCAAGAAGAAGAGAGAAUCCGAACCAGAGUCGUCGAGCGUGAGAGACGAGAACCCUCUCCACCACCUCCAGAGAGACUUCGUGCACGAGUUAUCGAGACCCGAGAGAGGAUCCGCGAGCGAUCUCCGUCUCCAGUACGCAUUCGAGAGAGGAUCGUCGAGAGGGAGAGGGAGAGAGAACGCACACCCUCACCACCACAAGUCGAGCGAGUGCGUAUCCGCAACAUUGAGCGAGAGAUCAGACAACCUUCACCAGAACCAUCUCCAUCUCCAUCACCACCUCCUCCGCCAGCUAUCCGCGCUCCUCCCAUCCAUCAGGAAAUCAUCACCCAUCACAGACACAUCGAUCAUGGCUUUGAACGUGCUCGUGUACCAACCCCGCCCCCACCACCUCGUCGCAGCGAGCCUCGAACAAAAGAGACCGAUAUCGAUAUCUAUACCUCGCGAAACAAUACUGAAGUUGAUAUCACUCGGAAAGAAUCGCGUGGACCGACUCCUAAGCCUCAACUGAGACGCGGCGAUACAUUCUACGAUGAUUCCAUCAUAUACGAGCAAGAGCGAGACAAAUUGCGAGUACGAGACACCCGGCUAGAUAUCAACCGACGACGCAGCUUGAGUGCACGACCCGAGCGAAGAGAGAAGGAAAGUGUGCACAUUGAUAUUCGAGAAUCUGGUCGUGGUGAAACAAAUCGAGAGGUAAUUCGAGAAGUGAGUCGUGGUAUCGGCAGAGACGAAGAGGAAGCUGCAUACUACGAGCGAAAGGUCAAUGAACGUGCGUACAUAGGAGAGGCAUACAAUGGAGCUACCAAAGACUGGGCUAUUGUUGAUGUGCCGCCUGGAACGGAGCGUGUGCAGAUGGAAGGUGUUGGUGGUGCAAGCCAAGAAAUCACAUGGCAGAAGUACAACGGUGUCCGCAGAAGCAAGUUCAACCCGGAACGUGAACGAGAGAGGGAGCGAGUUGAGGAGAAGGUGGAGAUCCGAGAAAAUACGAGACCACGGGAAUCUUCUACGAGCCUAGAAAUCGACAUCUCCAGAGGGCCAAGACAAGAACGUGGACCUGUUUACGAGCGGGAAUACGAGAGAAUCGAGGAAACAAGUGAUCGUCGAGUUGGAUUUCCUCGAGCUCCACCAAAGCAGAGAAUGGGUGAUCUUUGGACUGAGAUUACCAAGGAUUUGGUUGCACGGGAAGCUAUCGAGGAGCUUGGAUAUGAUUACGAGGAGACGGAGUUCUUUUUCUACGUUCUGCAAUAUCUUCGAUACGAGGACGUUCUCGAACUAGUCCAAGUCUCGGAAUCCAUCCGCCGCGAACGAAAACAACGACUCCGAGAAAUCGAAUACGAACGCGAACGCAUGGAAAGAUGGGAACGCAAAGAGAAGCGCCGAGAACGCGAACGGGACGACUACACCGAUGAGCGCAUCAUCGAGCGCGAAGUCAUCUACGACGGCCGUCCACCCCGACGUGGCGGCUGGUAAACUUGCACACAUUUGAACGAUUCAGCGAAGCAUGGCAUCUACGAAAUGAACAACGAUCGAUUUUCACGAAUGAAAUGACAUGAAAUGAAAUGAGCCUUACAAUACAAGAUGAUGUUUGCAUAGCGCGAGGCGUGCUUCUUUUUCUUAUUUACCUACCUACGUUUUUUUUCUUCUCGAGAUACUUAGCGGGAGAGGGAUCUUUUUCGUUUGUGAGUUGGGUACCAGGCCCUUAGGAUGGAUGGAAUGCUCUUUUUGCGUUGUGCUGGGAGGAUGGAGUGGGAGGGAAUUUGGAUGGGG